AUGGACAAGGACACUUUCCACCAUCCCAGCUUGCUCCAAGCACUGUCCAACGUGGCCUUGAGCACUUCAGGGCCCUGCCCAUCCCGCUGCGUGCCCACCCCCGUGUCCGAUCCCACUCGUGUCCAACCCACCGGUGCCCCCGUGGGACCCCUCCCGCCGUUCCCGCCGCUCGGCGAGGCCCGGGAGCGGGCGGGGAGGCGGGGUUGGGGUGCUAAUCCCGGUAAUCCCCGACUUCGGGACGGGACGGGCAGGUGCGGCGGCCAAUGGCGGGGGGCGGGGGGGCGGCGGCACCGCCCCCGGCCGCAGGUGCCCAAAGCCGGGCCCGCCGCACCGCUCCCGGUGCCGGUGCCGCUCCCGGUGCUGCUCCCGUCCCGUGAGCGCCGCUCCCGGUGCCCUUCCCGUUCCCGUCCCAUCCACCCCGGACCCGUGAGGUCCGUGCCGCUCCCUCGGGUGCCGGUGCCGGUCCCGCCCCGUCGGUGCCGCUGCCGCUGCUCCUCCCGUGCCGUCCGGUGGGCGCGGAUGGCUCCGCCGGGCCCGUGGCUGCUGCUGGCCGCGGUUCUGUGCGCGGCGGCGGCGGCGGUGCCCGAGCCCCGGUGCCCGUCGUGCCCGGCGGGCCCGGAGCGGUGGCUGCUGGAGGAGGUGGCCAAGAAGCAGCUGCUGGAGAAGCUGCGGCUCCGCGAUCGCCCGCGGCUCGCCCACGCCGUGCCCCGCGCCGCCGUGACCCGCGCCCUGCGGCGGCUGCAGGCGGGAGGCGCCCGCCGGGGCCCCGGGGCUACCGGGAGCGAGGAGGAGGAGGAGGAGCAGAGCUACGAGAUCAUCAGCUUCGCGGAGACAGAUCUCACAUCUCCCCCCAGUGUGGGGCUGCAAUUCCAGUUCAGCCAAGCGCAGGAGCAGGACCUUCUCCUCCUGCAGGCUCAGCUCUGGCUCUACCUGCGAGUUCCCCGCUCCGGCCUCACCCUGAGGAUCUUCCUGGCCUCCAAAGCCGCGGCUGGGGCUGGGGGCAACCGCACUCUGCUGGCGGAGAGGCGGCUGAGCACGGCGGGCAGCGCCUGGAGCUCCUUCCCCCUCCUGCCGGGGCUCCAGAGCUUCUUCUCCGCGCACAGCCGGACCCUGCGGCUGGAGCUGGACGGCAGCGAUGGCACGGCCCAGCUCAACGCCAGCUGGUCCCACCAGCCCUUCCUGGUGGCCAAGGUGAAGGUGAGGGAGCCCGGGCACCGCGUGGCCAAGCGCAGCCUCCGCUGCAGCCAGAAUUCCAACCUGUGCUGCCGCAAGGAUUUCUACGUGGAUUUCCGCGACAUCGGUUGGAACGAUUGGAUCAUCAAGCCCGAGGGCUACCAGAUCAAUUACUGCGUGGGCCAGUGCCCUCUGCACGUGGCUGGCAGCCCUGGCAUGGCCUCUUCCUUCCACACAGCCGUCUUCAACCUGGUCAAAGCCAACAAUGUCCAGGCCUCGGGGCAUUCCUGCUGCGUGCCCACGCGGCGCCGCCCGCUCUCCGUGCUCUACUUCGACCGCAACAGCAACAUCGUCAAGACUGACAUCCCCGACAUGAUCGUGGAUGCUUGUGGCUGUAGUUAGGGCUGGGGGAGAUGUGGUGGGACCCCCCUUUUCUCCAGGAUUGUGCUGCUGCUGGUGGGGAGGG